CCUCUCACCAAAUAAGAGUGACGUCAGAUAUUUUGAACCACCUCACUUUUCUUUUUCCAUUCGACUUUCGCACUUCUUUUUCCCUGUUUCCUUCUAUUUUCUUGAACUGUUGGACUCUCUCUCUCUCUCUACAAACAGAUCCGGAGAUUAACUGAUCAAGAUCGAUAGUUCUUCGAAGAACGACGUUUGACUCUCGCUCUACAAACAGAUCCGGAGAUAAAAGAUGAACCGAUUGACGAUCAACUGAUCAAGAUCGAUAGUCAUUCCAUUGAAGAACGAAUUUGGUUAGGUCUUUUGGCAUAGGUUCUUUUCAGCAGUUGAGUUCUACAAUGUCUCCCAAGACAUUACUGUCCACACUUUCUGGAUUGAUACCAUCUACAGCAUCACUGUGGUCAGCGCACACAAACCUUUUGGCACUCAUGAUGCUAGUGAAAACGAUUCUUGGAGAACUCAAGAUCCUAAUCAACCAAUUUGUACCCGAACAGCUCCAACAUUGGAUUGUAUCAAAAUUUGGAUGUGGUCGUGCAAAUGAAAUGAAAAUUGUUAUCAACGAAUAUGUUGGCCACUACACCAAUGAGAUAUUCGAGGAUGCACAGCUCUAUUUGAGCACAUUCAUUAGCCCUUCUGUUCAGGUGCUUGUGGUUUCGAAGAAACCACAGGAUGAUGCUGUUUCUGUUACUGUCAGCAGAGGUGAAAAAAUUACUGAGAUUUUUGAAGACAUCCAGCUUGUUUGGAAGUUGGUCGGCAACGAGUAUCAAAAAACUGAGGGUGGGUUUACUACUAACAAGGUGGACCAAACUCUUGAACUGACUUUUGAGAAGAAGUACCAAGAUAGGGUACUUGGAUCUUUUUUGCCCCACGUACAAGAGAAGGCAAAAUCUAUUAGAGAACAAUCGAGGGUUGUACAGAUCCACUCACUUGGGAAUCGGACUGCUAAGGGGUCCGUCAAUCUUGGUCAUCCUUCUACGUUUGAAACAUUGGCGAUGGACCCAGAAUUGAAAAGGUGCUUACUCGAAGACUUGGAUAAGUUUGUCAAGGGACAACACUUUUACCGGAAGGUUGGAAUGGCCUGGAAGCGUGGGUAUCUAUUGUACGGCCCACCUGGGACGGGUAAAUCAAGUUUGGUUGCUGCCAUGGCAAAUCACCUAAAGUUUGACAUAUACGACUUAGAGCUUACAAGUCACCUGAGCGAUUCAGAACUUAAAAGGUUGUUGUUAUCAACUUCAAAUAGGUCUAUUGUCGUCAUUGAGGACAUUGAUUGUACCAUCAACUCGCAGUCCCGCCAAGGGGGAGCUUCCGGUAAAAGUACCGACCAGAUGACACUCUCGGGACUACUUAAUGUGAUUGAUGGCCUUUGGUCGAGUUGUGGGGAUCAGAGAAUUAUUGUAUUCACCACCAAUCAUAAGGAGCGGCUCGACCCGGCAUUGCUGAGAGCGGGUAGAAUGGACGAGCAUAUACAUAUGUCAUACUUAAGCUUUAUGGGGUUUAAAACACUUGUGAGUAAUUACCUAGACUUAACGGACCACCACACAUUUCUUGAAAUUGAAGAGCUGUUGACAGAUGUGGAGGUCACUCCUGCACAGAUUGCCGAGGAACUGUUGAAAUCAGGUGAAAAGGAAAUUGCACUGAGAGGAAUAAGAGAGCUACUCAGGAGGAAAAAGAGAGAAGGUGGAGUUGAAGAAAUCAGGAAAGACCAAGUGUAGAUAUUGAAAAAGAGAGAAGGUGGAGUUGAAGAAAUCAGGAAAGACCCAAGUGUAGAUAUUGAAAAAGAGAGAAGGUGGAGUUGAAGAAAUCAGGAAAGACCCAAGUGUAGAUAUUGAAAAAGAGAGAAGGUGGAGUUGAAGAAAUCAGGAAAGACCAAGUGUAGAUAUUGAACAAGUUUAAAGUGUAACUAGUACUAAUUCAUUUUAUAGUUGUUUCUGUAUCUGUUAGCAUAGUUUUACUGUCUUGGAACAAGUACUAAUAUGAUGCUGUGCUUUAUGUCAUGGAAAAAAGUCAGUAAAGACUGUAUGGGGAUUAACCUUUAGCAAGUGUCCUUUUUCCUUCUUGCAGAAAGGAAAAUGAACAUAACAAUUUCCACUAUUUCUAUGAUGAUUUUUGUACAACAUAAGAAGUCAGAUGGUGUUUCUUGUAAUAAUUCACCAUUUUCUCUCAAGGCUUUCUUUUGUUUUUGUUUUUGUUUUUGUUUGAUGUGAUUAUGUAGAAGAAUGGGGAAUCUAUAGUAUGUAUUGCCUGA